UUGGGUUACUCUUCGCCAAGUAGGCCUCAUUGUAAGUCCAUGAACAAGCCUAUUUUGGCGCUCGAGUUCUUUCUCCGAACACCUUCGGUGCACACCUUUGGCCGGUGGUCGAGGAACGGCUCAGCGUGGAUGCCGGAGUACAGGAGCAGGUUUUUAUCCUCAAUAGAGAAGAAUGGAGCGCCAUCAACUCAAAUAAAUUACGAAGUCAAUUAAUGCAGCACGUCCUUCCACCAUUCAUGACGACAACCCCACACCAAAUCUUUGAGCUGCAGUAACCCACCCACCGCAAAGCAAGACAGAGACCCGCCCUGAAUGAUUCCGUGGCGACGGGGACUCCACAACCGCCUCAUCUCCCACCUUCCGUCACGGCAGAUGUUGCGCAUCCUCGUGGCCUCACCGCUUAUGGUGAGAUGGGCCUCGUCCGGGGGUCAAAUCUCGCUUGAAAGGCACGGGAGAACUCCCCUUGCCGCGCGAGCCAAAGCGUCGCGUACCAAUUGUUUUCUUAAGCGGUCUUCCAUGGGUUAGAGCCCCAAAAGCUCCCUGCUCCCUGUUCUUCCUUGGCAGGUGCGCAUCUAAGGCUUGUUUCUUCUCCUUUUCUCGAUUGCACAGGAGCUAUUCAUUAUGUUUUGGUCUGCAUGAGUCAGUAUGAUUCAGCUUUCUGCUGUUCUAGUUGUCGAUGCAUGUGAUAAAGCAGUUGUUGUCACUUCAGAGUUCAGACAUAUCUAAAGGUUAGAAGGGGAGGAGGAACAUGGCAUCUCUUACUCCAGGGGUACUAAUAAAGCUUCUCAAGAACUUAAAUACUGACAUAAAAAUAUGUGGAGAAUACCGGUCAGUUCUUCUUCAAGUAAUCAGCAUUGUGCCUGCUUUGACUGGCUCAGAGCUUUGGCCAGACCAUGGUUUCUUCAUAAAGGUCUCUGAUUCUUCGCAUUCCACAUAUGUUUCAUUAUCUAAAGAUGACAAUGACCUGAUCUUAAUGAACAAGCUUCAACUUGGGCAAUUCAUCUACAUUGACAAAGUUGAGGCUGGAACCCCAGUUCCAGUCCUUGUUGGUGUGCGACCUGUGCCUGGAAGGAACCCGUGCAUUGGGAAUCCAAAGGAUCUAAUGAAUAUGUUGGUAUUUUCUGACGCUUCAGAUACAGCCGAUCAUUUAAAGAACACUUCCAGGUCAUAUGAAUUAUUUGAAGGGGAAAAAGAGAGCCCAAAACAUAGAGUAGACAUCAAAGAAGAGAAGAAUGUGGUUGCUUCUCGAUACAUGCAAGGUGUUUUAAGGAGUAAUGUGAAAAGUUCUGGUUCAGAAUCUUAUUCUAUUAAUGAUAAAAUUGAAGAAAAUAGUAGUGUUAUUGAACCAGAGAAGAAGACUAUUCCUUCCAGAGUCAAGCACGAGACUAAACGUCAGGUAUUGCAGCCGAAACCUACAAUUCCAUGUAUUCAGAACAAAACAGUCAAUGAAAAGCAGGAAAAUUAUGUUGCUACCCUUAAAGAUGAUGCAAAACCUCUGAAGAACAUGUCUGUCAAAUCUAAUCCUAUUAUAAAGAAGAUGUCAUCUUCCAACACCAUGUCCUCUUCAUUGAGCAGCAAUAAAAGAAGAGUUGCGGAUGCCAUCCCAUGGGACUCUCUUCCUGCCAGCCUAAUCAACCCUGGGAAGGGAAUGGUUAAAAGAAAAGAAAUAGCUUUUCUAGUAGCAGCUGAGGCCCAACGAGAAGCGGCUACAGCUGCAGCUCUUGUUAAAGGCCUUAGCAUAUUUGCAGAUCUACGCAAGUCAUCUAUGGAGGAGAAGCUCCAUGUCUCUCUGGCAAAGUUCUUUUCACUACAUCAGCUCUUAGAUCAGCCAAACAUAGCCAUUCAGAAAGAUAACUUGACUGGGAUACCCAAGCAACUGGCUCAAGGAGAGAAGCUGAUUAUGAAAACUGCAUUGCCUAACAGUAGAAGGGUUCUAAAUGCUCCAAACCCUGCAGAGGCAUCCUGCGGAAAUGAAAAGAUAACAUGGUCAAGAGGGGAUGGCUUGAAGGAGAUCCAAGAACUAAGGACCAAUCUCCGACAGGAAUCACGGUCAUGGUUCUUGAGUUUCUUGGAAAAUGCUCUUAACAGUGGCUUCUAUGCAGAGUCUCGAACGAAGAAGGGUGUGAAGGAUCGUAGUGGAGGGCACUCCAAGGAAUCUGAUGAACUGAUUGCUGUAACACUUUCACAGCUCAAGGAUGCAAGUACCUGGUUAGAUCAACUUCGAAAAGAUGCAGGCACUGAAGCAGAUGGAUUACUCGGGACCAUCGAUCGGUUGAAACAAAAGAUCUAUGUCUGCUUACUUGAACAUGUCGAAUCAGCUGCAUCGGCACUGGAAGUACGAAAAAAAUCGUGAUUGAUGUUUCUUUCAAUUCUGAGCUUUUGAGGCUCUCAGGUUGCAGAAUCCUCUGAAUACCACAUUCGACUGGAAGGUCCUUCCUCUAAAAUGGUGAAGAGCAUUUCCAGGUGAAGAAAAGAAUUUAGCAUCUGCUUGCAGACAUGUACAUGUUUCCUCAGAAAUUGUUCAACUAAUUUGCUGUUGUCAAUUGAUACAGUUUACGCACCAGAAAAACUUGUUCUCUCACUCAACAUGAGCUAUACUUUGUUGGUUGAUCCAAAUUACUGUAUGUCGAUAUAUGACAAAUUUUAGAACAUGAAUGCUAUUUGCUUUGCA